AUGAUCAGGGCGCAUCAUCUUCCGGAAUCUCGUCCAUGUACUACUGUUAGGUUGUUUAUUAAAGCGCGGAAAAUUGCGGAUCGCGAUGUACUCUCGAAAAGCGAUCCGAUAUGUAUUGUCUACGAGAAAACAUCGGGAAAACGGGAAAGUUGUUACGCUCCCGUGGUAAAAAACACAUUCCAGGACCCAGAAUGGAUUGAAAGGGGUCGCACGGAGAUGAUAAAAAAUAAUUUGAAUCCCGAAUUUACAAGAAAUGUAACAUUGUCGUAUUAUUUUGAGGAAACACAAUUAUUACGAUUCGAACUGUAUGAUGUGGACUCACACAAUGUCGCCGAUUUGACUAAACAUGAUUUUCUUGGACGUUACGAAUGCCCGCUUGCAAGAAUUGUUAGUUUCACAAAGAUAAGAGGUCACUUGGAAAUUGGUCCGGACAGAGGAAAAUUGUGGAAAGAUGGGGACGACUUCCUAGAGUAUGGAUCUAUUACCAUAAGAGGAGAGGAAGAUAACAACUUGGACGAAGUUUCUUUUGAUGUGGAAGGAGAAAAUUUAGACAAGAAAAUGCUGAUGAAUCCAGAUCCAUAUUUAGUCUUCAUACGACAUUAUGAUGAUGGAAAUUCACAUCCUGUGUAUACAUCCGAAUUGAAAAGAUCAACGCGAAAUCCAUUCUGGAAAAGAAUCAGCAUCGCUGUACAGGCACUUUGCGGAAAAGAUCAUAACGCACCGAUCACAAUUGAGUGCUAUGAUAAGGGCCAAAUAAGAAAAUUAAAAACGAAAAAAAAACAAGCCAGGAAAGGGCGCAGUUAUCAAAAUUCUGGGAUAUUGAUAUUAUCGGCUGCCAAAAUAGUUAAGCAGCACUCUUUUCUCGAUUACAUAGCUGGAGGAACUCAACUGGAAUUUUCAAUAGCCAUCGAUUUCACUGCUUCUAAUGGGCCAAUUAGAGACCCUAGGUCACUUCACUAUUUGUUCAAGGACCGACCAAAUCAAUACGAAAUUGCUAUUAAAGCUUGUUUAGCAAUUUGUCAGUAUUAUAACUACUCAAAAACUUUUGACGUUUAUGGAUUUGGAGCGAGAUUGCCUCAUGAGAGAACAGUAUCUUCAUUGUUUAAUUUGAAUUAUCUUGAAAAAUCGCCAAGUGUUACUGGAAUUCGUGGUGUUGCGAGAGCCUAUCGCAAUGCUCUAUCAAAUGUCGAACUUUUUGGUCCAUCAAAUUUUACACCUGUUAUAAAAUGUGUAGCUGACAAAGCUUCUGAUAUGAUGGCGGAUUCAUCAAGAUAUCAGAUUCUUCUGAUAAUAACUGACGGUGAAAUUACGGAUAUGAAUAAUACGAUCGAUACAAUUAUUAACGCGUCAAGUCUUCCACUUUCUAUUAUCAUUAUCGGGGUUGGAAACGAUGAAUUCAAUUUAAUGGAAAUGCUUGAUAGUGACGAUCACCUUCUAAGAAAUGGAGCAACAGUUGCCCAACGCGAUAUUGUGCAAUUUGUGAGAAUGCGCAGUUUUCUUAAUGAAGGCGGAACGUAUCUUGACCCCGAUAUUGUGAUGCAGAAUUUGGCACGAGAAGUAUUGUAUGAAGUUCCGGCACAACUCACCAGUUACAUGAAGAGCCGUGGUUUCACUCCAAAACCAGCGAAUUCACCGUGGCCUCGUCCGCAACCACCACCUGAAUAUGACGAGGCAAUGGAUAACCUUGCUUUAUACGAAAGUGUAUCGCCACCACCACCGCCAAUCGGUUUCAAUGUCGAAAGAUCGCCACAAACCAAUAAUUAA